AUGUCAGUCCCCGAUGGUGCUCGCGAAUUUUACACCGGUAAGAACGUGUGCGCGCCCAUGGUACGCGUGAGCACGCUGGCGACACGUCUGGUGGCCCACGAGUACGGCGCCGACUUGGUGUACUCGGAGGAGCUCGUUGACAAGCGCUUCGUGAAGUGCAGGCGAGAGGAGAACGCCGAGUUAGGGACGAUCGAUUUCCUCGAUUCCAAGGGCGUGCUCACGUUCAGGACGAUUCCUGAGGAGAAGGAGAGGCUGGUGUUUCAGGUUGGCACAAGCUCGGCGGCUCUGGCGCUGCAAAGCGCACAGCUCGUCGCCGGCGACGUGGCUGCGAUCGACGUCAACAUGGGAUGUCCGAAGCACUUUAGCACAUCUGGUGGAAUGGGUGCGCGAUUGCUGUCUCAACCCGAUUUGAUACGAGACAUACUUACCACGCUGAGACGAAACUUGCCUGAGACGACGCAUGUCACAUGCAAAAUCCGUCUUCUUGAAUGUGAAAAAUCGACCGCUGAGCUCGCCAAAAUGAUCGAAUCGUGCGGAGUGUCUGCAUUUGCAGUGCACGGAAGGUACAUUUCACAGCGACCUAGAGAGCCAGCGCACUGGAAUCUGAUCAAGAAUGUGGUUGAAGCUGUUGACUGCCCAGUCAUCGCAAACGGCGACGUGAUGCGCUAUGAAGACUUCGAGAGGAUCAGAAAGGAGACUGGUGCUGCUAGCGCUAUGUGCGCUCGUAUGGCACAGUGGAAUCUAUCGAUCUUCAGGUCUGAAGGACUUCUCCCAAUCGCUGACGUCAAGAAACAUUUUGUUAGAAGAGCGAUAGAGUAUGACAAUCCAUGGACGUUCACGAAGUUCCAGUUGCGGGAAAUAUUGAAUUAUCACAAGCACCAGUUAUCGCCCGAGGGGGAAGCGGUGCAAAAAUCGAAGACAUGGAACGAUUUGGCGGAAGUUUAUGAGUUGGAGGAUGUUUUGAAGGAGAGCCGGGAGAGACGACGGCGUGCCCUUGUUCGUGGCGACUCACCAAGAGUUUCUCCGGAGUGA